AUGAUGCGCUUUUUAAGGCUGAAUGCUGGUGUUACUCCAAUUCGGGGUUUCUCAAGUUGCAGACGUGUGCUUUCUGGUCACAACAAAUGGUCUACGAUAAAGCACGAUAAAGCCAAGAACGACGCUGAGAGAAACAAGCUGUUCAACAAGUUUGCCAACCAAAUUGCGCUGGCCGUUAAAAUGGGCGGGUCUCCAGAUCCAGCUAUCAACAUUCGGUUGGCGACGGCAAUUGAAAUGGCCAACAAGAACAAUGUGACCAAGAAAGUUGUGGAAAAUGCGAUCAAGAAAGGAUCUGGGGUUUCAGACAAGGAUGGCUCCAGGACUGAAUCUUGUGUGUACGAGGGAAUGGGUCCCGGUGGAAUUGCAUUCGUCGUUGAGGCCCUCACAGAUAAUAAGAACCGCACCAUUGGGCUUGUUCGAGCGGCGUUUGGGAAAGCGAACGGCAGCAUGACUCCCACACUGUUUUUCUUUGAUAGGAAGGGGUAUGUUGUGGUCCAGCCCCCUAAAGAGCUCGAUAACUACGAGAAGGUGUUUGAGGCGGUGCUUGAACUAGAGGGAGUGGACGACCUCGAGCAAUUGCCCGACGAGGAGGGGGGGAAAGAUGAGACGACGCCCGGAUGCGAUCCACAAGUAUACGAAUUGAGCACAGAGCCCUCGCAGACAAACCAAAUCGCCACCGGUUUGAAGGGCCAGGGUUUCCGCAUCAAGGAGGUAGGAAUUGGCUUCGUGCCUAAGAGCGAAAUGGAGGUCGAAAUAAGCGAUCCGGAGACUCGCGCGAAGCUCGACAAGUUCAUCAUGCAGCUCGACGAGAUUGACGACGUAACAGAGAUUCACUGCAACGUCAAGCAGUAA